CAAGGAAAACAAGCCAAUCGCAAUUCAGUAUGUAAAUAGAUGUUAGAAAGAAGACCAAUCACAAUGCGGUUUGGGAAUCUUCUGGUGACGUCACCUGCGUCGAUCGCUGUUUCAAAAAGGUGUCCACACUCAAGUUCUGUAGAUACAGAGGUGAACAUGCGUUUCCCGGAAAUUCAUGUUGGGAGAACCUUUGGAAAAACCUCUAAAUGUGAACAAACGCCCAGUUGAAGAAGACGCCGUAUGCAGAACAAGACAGGUGUAUUUAGAAACGAGCUCUUCUCGAGCCAAUCAAAAACUUACGCCGAGCACUGGAGGGCGGGUUCUUGUCUAAUUAUGCAGACUUUUGACCAAUCGAAUCAGCGGAGGGCGGUGCGGACUUCGGUGGGGGCGUGCCUCAGGCUUUGUGCCGUCGCAGCGCUGAAGAGCGUCUGAAGAGAGUAAUGGCAUGAGCCUUGCGUCGAGAUCCUGUCAAAGCACUAUACAGAGAAUUUCUCGCACCUGAACUUUGAGACCCUUUCCUGAGGACUAUUUUACCAUUUAAACGGGACGUGUUAUUACCUUACAUACUCUGACACGCAACAGCAGCACUUGAGAAGUCACUCCACCGGCAGUUGCGUUCCUGUCUUGAGACAUUUAAAAUAAAAGGAUAUGGUGUUGGACAUGUGAAAUACACGGGAAACUUCAAACAUGAAGCUGGCAUCUUCUCUGUGUUGCCUCGGCUUUCUUCUCACUUCUGUGGCUGUCCGUUUCAGCGACUCGCAGCAAGUAUGCCCUGGCACAGAGAAUAAACUGAGUACUCUGUCAGACCUGGACCAGCAGUAUCGGACCCUUCGUAAAUACUAUGAGAACUGCGAGGUGGUGAUGGGUAACCUGGAGAUCACCAGCAUCGAUCGCAGUCGUGACCUGUCCUUUCUUAGGUCCAUUCGUGAGGUGACCGGUUAUGUUCUUGUGGCACUAAAUCAAUUUGAGUAUCUGCCCCUGGAGAAUCUGCGCAUCAUCCGCGGCACCAGACUGUAUGAAGACCGCUAUGCUCUGGCCAUCUUCCUCAACUACCGCAGAGACGGCAAUUUCGGGCUCCGUCAGCUUGGCCUUAAGAACCUUACAGAAAUUCUCAAUGGAGGGGUGUACGUGGACCAGAACAAGUUCCUGUGUCAUGCCGAUACUAUCCACUGGCAGGAUAUAGUGAAGACCGCUCGCCCUGAUCACCUGGUUGUGCCGUCCAAUAGCAGCAGCUCAUGUCAGAGGUGUCAUAGAGGCUGUAAUGGGCGCUGUUGGGGGCCGAAAGAAGACCAGUGUCAGAGCUUGACGAAGACGGUGUGCGCCGAGCAGUGCGAUGGCCGAUGUUUUGGGCCGUACGUCAGUGACUGCUGUCAUCGCGAGUGUGCUGGAGGCUGUUCAGGACCAAAGGAUACGGACUGCUUCGCCUGCACUAAUUUCAACGACAGCGGUGCGUGUGUGACGCAAUGCCCUCAGCCCUUCGUUUAUAACCCCACCACGUUCCAGCUGGAGCACAACCCACGAGCCAAAUACACAUAUGGAGCUUUCUGCGUCAAAAAAUGCCCACAUAACUUUGUGGUGGACCACAGCUCCUGCGUCAAAGCUUGUCCCAGCAACAAGAUGGAGAUGGAGGAGAACAGAAUCAAGAUGUGCAUCCCUUGCACUGAUAUCUGCCCAAAAGCAUGCGAUGGGAUCGGCACAGCUAGCCUCCAGACGGCUCAAACCGUGGACUCCAGCAACAUUGACAGAUUCAUCAACUGCACCAAGAUCAACGGAAACCUGGUGUUCCUCAUCACAGGCAUUAAAGGGGACGUAUACCACAACAUAGAGCCCCUGGAUCCAGAAAAACUCAACGUGUUCCGCACAGUUAGAGAGAUCACCGGCUUCCUAAACAUUCAGUCCUGGCCAGAAAACAUGACUGAUUUGAGCGUAUUCUCCAAUCUGGCAACCAUCGGUGGCAGGUCUCUCUACAGUGGCAUCUCUCUUCUGGUUCUAAAGCAGCAGUGGAUUUCCUCACUGAAGCUGCAGUCUCUCAGCGAGAUCAGUGCUGGAAACGUGUACGUCACCAACAACAGUCAACUCUGCUACUACAACACCGUCAACUGGACGCGACUCUUCCGCACCAACACCCAGAAGUCCCUGAUCCGCAACAACCGUGACCCCAAGGAAUGCAUUUUGGACCGUAUGAUAUGUGACCCUCUGUGCUCUGAUGCUGGCUGCUGGGGUCCGGGGCCCGACCAGUGCCUGUCCUGUCGUUUUUUUAGCAGGGGACGUACCUGUGUCGAAUCCUGCAACCUGCACGAAGGACUGGCCGGCUCUAGGCCCAAGCUGCUCACCAGGCCCUAUGUGGUCGAGAAGCGGGAGGCGGGUUUGGAGAGGGAUGUACGCGAGUUCGCAAAUGGAUCAGUGUGUCUGGAAUGCGAUGCGCAGUGUGAAGUGGCGGACGACGACGGUCUUACCUGCACUGGGCCUGGUCCUGAUCACUGUGUUAAAUGUCUUCACUUUAAAGACGGACCCAACUGUGUGGAGAAAUGCCCUGAUGGCCUACAGGGAGCAAACAGCUUCAUCUUCAAAUAUGCUGAGGCCAACAACGAGUGUCACCCUUGCCAUGUCAACUGUACCCAGGGAUGCACAGGACCUCGUCUGCAAGACUGCAUUGGCAUGAUGGACAGGACUCCCCUCAUUGCGGCUGGGGUUAUUGGAGGAUUGUUUGUGGUGAUCAUCGUGGGCCUGAGCGUUGCCAUAUCAGUGAGGAGGAAGAGCAUCAAGAAGAAGAGAGCCUUGAGACGCUUCUUGGAAACUGAGUUGGUGGAGCCUCUGACACCCAGCGGUGCGGCCCCGAACCAAGCCCAACUCCGAAUUCUGAAAGAGACUGAGCUGAAACGGGUCAAGAUUCUAGGAGCCGGGGCCUUUGGCACUGUUUACAAGGGCAUCUGGGUACCUGAGGGUGAGACUGUGAAGAUUCCCGUUGCCAUAAAAAUCUUGAACGAGGCGACGGGCCCCAAAGCCAAUGUGGAGUUCAUGGAUGAGGCUCUGAUCAUGGCCAGCAUGGAGCAUCCUCACCUGGUGCGGCUGUUGGGCGUUUGUCUAAGCCCCACCAUUCAGCUGGUCACUCAGCUCAUGCCCCAUGGCUGUCUGCUGGACUACGUCCACGAGCACAAAGACAACAUCGGCUCCCAAUUACUGCUCAACUGGUGUGUUCAGAUCGCCAAGGGUAUGAUGUACUUGGAGGACAGGAGACUCGUGCACAGGGAUCUAGCUGCUCGGAACGUCCUAGUGAAGUCACCCAACCAUAUAAAGAUCACUGACUUCGGUCUGGCUCGCCUUCUGGAUGCAGAUGAGAAGGAAUACAAUGCAGACGGGGGCAAGAUGCCUAUAAAGUGGAUGGCUUUGGAGUGCAUUCACUAUAGGAAAUUCACCCACCAGAGUGACGUAUGGAGUUACGGAGUGACUAUCUGGGAGCUGAUGACAUUCGGAGGAAAGCCGUACGAUGGAAUCCCUACCCGAGAGAUUCCUGACCUGCUGGAGAAAGGAGAGAGGCUUCCUCAGCCUCCCAUCUGCACUAUUGAUGUCUACAUGGUCAUGGUCAAAUGCUGGAUGAUAGAUGCAGACAGCAGACCCAGAUUUAAGGAGCUUGCAGCAGAGUUCAGCCGAAUGGCAAGAGAUCCACAACGUUACCUAGUCAUCCAAGGAGACGACCGCAUGAAGCUGCCCAGCCCCAAUGACAGUAAGUUCUUCCAGAGUCUGCUAGAUGAAGAGGAACUGGAGGAUCUGAUGGAUGCCGAGGAGUAUUUGGUGCCACAAGCCUUCGGUAUUCCUCCACUAGCAUACACAACCAGAUCACGCAUGGACCCCAACAGAAACCAGUUUGCGUACCAGGACGGCAGCUUCGGCAUGGAAGAGAUGAUGGCCACUAUCCCACGGGUUGUGGCUGUGUCCGCGGUCAGCCCAGGCUGUUCUGCUCAGAAGCAAUCCAUGACCCAGCAGGGGGCCUCGGGGUCCUCUGAGGCAUUUGAAGACAGCCGCUGUAAUGGCACUCUCAGGAAGAAGGCUUCACCCAGGGCGAGCACCGGCGAGGACAGCAGUGGCCAGCGUUAUAGCGCAGAUCCAACUGUGAUACUGUGUGAGCGCGGAGCGAGAGCGGAGACUGACCAGGAAGGAUACAUGAGUGCCAUGCAGGACAAAAAGCCCUCAGAUUAUCUCAACCCUGUGGAGGAGAACCCGUUUGUCACCCAUCGCAGAAACGGAGAGGUCCACACUCUCGAGCGAGGUUACCACAGUACCUCCAACGGACAGCCCAAAGUGGAGGAUGAGUAUGUCAAUGACCCGUUAUACCUCAACACCUUCCAUAACUCUGGCGAAAAGAGUCACGACAUAUUGAGGAAGAACGGAGUCCCUGUGGUGCACUCAGCAGCGGUGGCAGCAGCAGUAGUAGCAGCAGCAGCAAACAGUGGAACUUCCACCAGCCAGAAUCUUUCCCAAACCAUGCAACCAGUGGCAUCCAACACCCACGUCACAACACAGCCUCUCUACCAAGGCAAACAAAGCAUCUCCACCCUCUCAGGCCACACCCUCCACUCUGCCCAUCCCGGACACACCCUACACCCGACGCACACCCUCCAUCCCGCUCACUCCGGGACCAUCAAGGCUGACAUAAAGCCCAAAAAGACAUUUGACAAUCCUGAGUACUGGCAGCACAGUCUUCCCCCCAAGGCCACUCUCCACAACCCAGAGUAUCUGCAGGAUUGCAGCACACGCUUCUUCUACCGACAAAACGGACGGAUCCGACCUGCCGUCGCUGAGAACCAGGAAUACCUGUCCGAGUAUGCGCUAAAACCGGGCACCGUGUUGCCACCUCCUCCCUACCGACAGAGAAACACUGUUGUGUAGCAAUGAUGGCCCGAGACAAACAAGGAAAGUUGGAGGUAAAGAGUCAUAGUGUGUUCUCACCCUGGCUCUCACACCAGCAUCCCGAUCUCUCCGCUCCUCUCUGAACUGGAUUGAACACCCGACCUCCAAUGACCUGGAACUGAUCCACUUGAGUGAGCUUCUCCUCCAGAGGCAUUGGUCACAGAUGGCCACAUCAAUCAAAGCUCCUUCUUGCUUGUCCCUCCUCACUUCAAUCCCCAUUAAGACCAGUUUCCCCUACCUGAGCCCAGCUUUUGGAAAGCGACACUCUUCACAGAAAUUGGUAGAUGUCACACUCAUCUCAUUGAAAGCAAGUACUGAUGUUGACGUGCAACGUGGGUUGAUCCAAUAGCAGAGAGGAGUCAUUCUUUUGUGCAAUUAAAGAAAUGUUUAUCGUUUAUCUUGUUUUGGGAUUUUGAUUUGAAGAUACGCUAAGAUCUACUGUAAUUUAUGACUUUGGUUAGCAUAGAUUAUUUUAGCACUCCAUACAUGAUUUUAUUAAGCAGAUGUGUUGUAUGCAAAUCCGUCAUAUUGGGAAUAUCGUUGUGGGACAAAAGGGCCCAAAAUGGCUCUCAAUAUCGUCUACUGAUUGAGACUGAAAUGUAAGCGACAGGACUGGCUAUAUGCUACAUGCUGUUAUAUACAACAAAACAUAUGUUGAUUACAGUGUGGUGUCAACUGGGACCUUCUCGAAUGGCGCAUCUUCAAAAGACACAUUGUGUAAUGUUCUGUUCAAAAUAUUUGCAUAAUUCAUCUGCACAUGUAUUGCUCAAACAAGGCACUUUUUAUUACUUUCAUUGAGCCAUUCUUUCUUCAUUUUUGACUCAUAAGUAGGACUGGAAUGAUUGCCAACUGGAAACAGUCUUGCGGCCUGUAAAACUACAUGUGCAAAGGCAAUGACUAGUGCUCCACGCUGAGAACAGUAUCUCCAUGCAUAUGAACAAGUCCGUACUGCAGCCCGCCACAAAAUCAAUAACUUCAUAAAAGCUGAUCUGCAACAGUCUACUGUAAUAACAUUUUUUAUUGUUGAUCUUUCCAACAUUGAUCUGUAUGCUCACAGAGUUGUCACCUUAAGGUAGCCUUCCUUAUUUUGUCAUUUAAUGUGUGGAACGAAAACCCAGAUUGGGUUUACCUUGAACUUUAGAAGCUAAAAUCAAUACUAGCGACCAAGAGCAUCCACGUAGAUGGAGGAGAAUGGAUAUUUACACUACAGAGCUACAGAGGCCCAGCAUUUUACGGAAGACUCGACAGCACAACGCCUGCCUCCUCUUCUGAAAUACGGCCGGAAAACUGUUAGAACUAUAUAAACUUGUCCCACAUGCAAGUCAAUGAGAUGCACAAGACUUGCGAUCAAGAUGGCAGCUUUUCUAGCUGGGUUCAUUAAGGCAUGUUUUGAGGGACGUUUUGAAAUCAAGAAGGCAGGAGUACCAUCAUGCAGUACCAUGAGGAACAAAUGAGAAUGUACAAAUGGAAUCAUUUGCCCCGAGGUCAGAGAUGAGACUGCCUCAAAUCUGUCAACUCCAUUUGAACUGUCUCCCAUAAUGACUUUUCUAUAAGAAGUGUCUCAUGGAGCUACACUGAUAGUAAUUUAGGAAGAUAACGCAUCUUACUUGGGCACGUUGUUCUCCUCAAAUGGUGAAAAACAACUUUGCUACAUCUUCGGUAAAACCACACCAUCCAGGUUUCUACAACUAGAUUUGUGUAUAGUUUGAACACUGCCAGUCACUAUUCUUUUUUGUUUAGGGGAAUAAUCAUGAUGUUAUGUUGCUGGUGUGGAGAUGUGAAAUGGUUUUAUAGCACUUAACAGCCUGGCACAACCGCAUGAGUUUGUUUUAAACAUCAACGGCACUGAUUGAAUACUCAUUUAUUAUAAUCAUAGCUACAUAACGAUAGCACACACCACCCGCCCAUAUACUUUUGUUUUGCUCUAUCAUUUUUUUGCCUUUGAAUGUUGUUGUUUUUUUUCUGCUUAUGAAUAUGAAGGUUUACGGUUACAUGGAGCACUUUAAUUAAUGAACAUAACAAAGAUAGAGCGGAGUUCUUUUCAUUGUGGGAAUUGCUGUUCCCAUGCGAUAACAGAUUAGACAAAUGACAUUUUUGGCUCUCUACUGGAAACCAAAUCAGGGAAUGUUAGUGACGCGCAGUGAUUUUGCCAAACACAGAUGUUUACUAAUUGAAGUAUUUAUCUCAAGCUUUCAUCCUUAAAAAUAAUGUAAUUAGGGCAAAAUUUAAGGUGGAUCACUAAGAUUAUCUAUAUAAUAAUAAUAGACACCUUUACAGGACAAAACUGAUACUUGAAAUUGCUUAAUUUUAGCUCCUGUAGAGUUUGGAAAGUAGGUUAACAGUUAGGAAGUAUAGUGUGUAGAACUAAGGCCAAAUUAUAUUUUUUAUUCAUCUUUCUUGUAUUUAUGAUGAACCCAGUGCAUAGUUAUCUAAAAGAUUCUGGUUGGGGUUAUGAAAAGCUCCAGAACCUCCAUGAAAACCCUCUUAUUUACAAUUUCUAAGAGUUUUGAAGCUUUCAGUUACCUUCUCUUAGCCUAAUUAAAGGCAAGGACCUCGUGCAUUUGCUACUGAUAACAUCACCGCAGGUCUGGGUGUUUAAAUCUAUAUGUAGCAACUGCUGUGAAUACAGGGUGGGUAAAGAUCUACUAAAUCCAUCAAGUGAGGAACAACUAGGCCAAAACAGAGGGAGAAGAAUACCUGAUGUGUGAGGGUUACUGUUUUUGAAGAUUUUCACAGUUAGAGACUGUUAUUGGGUGGAACUGAUUAUCUUUGUAAACAUUUCCACUUUCUAGGAACUCUAGGAAAUGAGGUUUGGAUGGCGCACAACAUUUUGUCUCACUGCACAUUGUUCAUUGGUGACUCACAUUUCGCAGAAUCAAGAAGAACAUGCGAAAGACAUCUUUACAUGAACUUGUGUGUAUAUAUAUAUAUAUAUAUAUAUAUAUCUGAAGGGGCUUGAAGAUAAUUAAUCAAGAGUAGUGAGAUACUGUUGAAGGCUUGUGUUCCACUUUUUUAAGCAUUGCUUUAAAAAUCUGAAGAGUGAGUUCACUAAGUUUCAGUGCAACACACUUGAAUCAGCUCUUUAAAAUGCUUCAAGUGUGCUGGUUGUCAUGCUGUUUUUCAUCAUUCAAUUAAUGAUCAGCAACAUCUUUUAUAUGAUUUCUGUUAAGAGUAAUAGGCCAAUAGCAUUGAGUUAAUGAACCCAAUUUAAACAAAGGAUGUGUACGCUAAAAUAAUAAAGACUUAAUUGACAGUAAAUACAGCGAAAAAACUAUUUUGCUAUAUUUAGUGUUUGGUUAAACUGACUUGUGGGUGGCUGAUUGGAAAGUGUGGCAUUUUGAAUUAAAAAAUCAAAUGCAGAAGCACUUAGUGAAUUCACCCUUUGAUCCUUUUUUGUUUGUUUUUUUAGCUUUUCUCCUUCAUUUCUAACAUGUAUCAGCUAGUUGCAAUAUACAUGUAAAAUCCACGUACAAUUUCAUUAAUGUGUUUUAACGGGCCCUACAAAAAAAACUUUUUUUAUAAUACUAUGUGAUCAUAUAUUUUAUUGUAUAGAGAGGCAAUAAGCUUUACAAAACACAGUGCGUUUCAGUUUGUGUUAUCACAUUACUGUUAAGUUAUGAGUAUGUUAAAGCACUUCAUGUUUAACACCACCAGUUAAUGUCUUUUCUUUUAUAAUUUCUCUUGAAAUGCUCAUUGGAACUUAUUUUGCAUGUGGCAAGGUAGUCAGAAAGUAUCGGUAGACUAAGCACAGUUAAAAAAAAUCGUUUUAUAUUACAAAGGACAAAAAAGGGAAGAAAAACACCUUCCUGCAACAUUGACAUUUGGAAUGGUUGUUCCUCAUGAUUUUACUACUGUACGUCAAUGAGAAAAUGUGAAUAGUAUUUUUAUAGACAGUUGAAUUGGCCAGAUGUAUUUGUAAAUAGCUGAGAAACUUAUGCUCUUUUUGGACUGACCUUUUUUUUUUUCCCCCAUUAUGUUUUGUUGACUUAUAUUGUGUGUGACCGGUUAUUCUUAUUUGAUGGCUGUAUAUAUCUGUAAUUUGAACAGCACAUAUUUGAUUUUGUAGAUCUUGCAGGUUCUUUUAGUACUUCGGUGUGUUUUUCGUGAUCGUAUGUAGCCCGGCUUGGUGCUUUUUGUGUUUUUUAACCUCUGCCCGUGUUCAAGAGGUAGGAGAUGUUUUCUUUCUGUCAGGUAUAGCCUCCCUCCAUCACCCCACAAUUUUCUCUUUUUGUACAGAAUCCAGCGUGGGGAAUCUGCAGCUGUGUGACGAUAGCAUUUGUAUCUCCCAGGAAUCUCUCUCGAACUCCAGUUAGGCUUUUCCUGACUUUAGUCCCGGUCAUAUGGGUAGUGUCUAGUUCUUUCUCAGUAUGUAAUUCAUAUUCAUGCACAAUCUCCCAUCUCUUCACAUCUGCAGCCAACCGCACCGUGAGCGAGCUCAGGCUUAGCCGCGAGCCACGAGCGCGAAUACGGUGAAAAAUGAUGGCAAAAGCUGAGCUCAACCAUCUCAAAUACAUCCGCUAUGGUGUUCCUCCAAGAGAUCUGUAAGUCAGAGUGUAUUAUUCACGCUGUCAAGUGGACUAAUUGCCUGGAGUGGUGUUCAUUUGGCCACGUUGUUAUUGAGUGACGGCUCAUCAAAACUAAAGUCAAGUCUUGUCAUUUUUGACGCCCAUCUUCAGCUCUGGUCACAGUAAAUUUCUUCACCACAGCUUUCCCAUUCCCCAAAGCUAGAGCAUUUAAAUACUGUUUCACAGUUUUGUUACCUGAAUCUAUAUUUUUAAUUUAAUAUAAAUAAAUAAAUAAAUACAACACCUGA